CUCUUUGCAGCUGCUCUGUAGUUCAAAAUGACCAUGACUGGUCUUCUACUUCAGCUUCUGUUUCCUGUAUCAUAAUUAUUGCUGAGAUGAGCUUCCAACUCAGCUAAUUUUGGAUUCAACGUGUCACUUUGUCUUAGAUCCUGUAGGUUGUUACUUUCUGAUAACCAGCUGUGUUGUUAAAGGCCAUGUCCUCAAAAAUUUCAUUCAUAGAAAUAGUGAGCGAGCAGGAGUAGGCCAUUUGCCCCUUCGAGCCUGCCUCAACUUUAAAUAUGCUCAUUGCUGAUAAUCCAACUCAGUACUUUAUUUCUAUUUUCUGUCUUUAUCCCUUUACCCUUUUCGUCCUAACAACUAUAUGUAACUCCUUGAGCCUAAACAUUCAAUAUUUUCAAUAUCUGGCAGAGAAUUCUGUCAGCUGUCCAUUCUUGAUGAAGAAAUUUAUCUUCAUUUCAGUCCUAAAUGGCCUACCCUAAUCCUUAAAUUACUACACCCAGUACUCCAGGUGUGAUCUCGCCAAUGCCCUAUACUGUUGUCAAAAGGCUUGCCUGCUCCUGUACUCUCAUCAUCUUGCUGUGAAGGCCAACAUACUGUUUGCCUCCUUAACAGUUGCUGCAUCCGCAUGCUUAUUCCAGUGACUGGUGUUCAAAGGCAUCCAUGUUUUGUUACACGUCAGCUUUCCCAAUUUAUUGUUGUUCCGAUAAUUUGCCAUCCUGUCUCAGUUACCAAACUGGGCAACCUCAUUCAUCCUCAUUAUACUUCAUCUUCCAUGCACUUGCACACUCAAUCAACUUGUCCAAAUGUCUGCAUCCUUCUUGUGGCUCACUGUGCCAUCAAGAUUUGUGCUGUCUUCAAUCUUGGAGAUAUUGUGUUUAAUUCCUCCUCCGUGUCAUUACUGUAUAGUAUGAGUAGCUGGGGUGCAGCCACUAGUCUCCGAUAGCCUAAUCUCUCACUGCCUGCUGCCUUUUUGGAAAAAAAAAGACCCAUUUAGUUCUUUGUUUUCGAUCUGCCAACAAUCUCUCCAUCUGCGUCAGUACGCAAGAUCCAAUCCCAUACACUUUAAUUUUACACGCUAGUCUGUUGUGUGGGACUUUAUCAAAAGCCUUCUGAAAGUCCAGCUUGAGUUGUCAUUAAUCUGCAAGAUGAGUUCAGUGCAGUGGGAUUUUCCUUUGGAGCUUUGCUGCCGGCCUAUGGCCUUUGUAGCUCUCACAGGCCUUGAUGUGACUUACAAUGCUGUACAUCGAGCUAUUUGGGAUGCUUUUUGUGCCAACAGACGUGCUGACAGAGUCCCUAUAUCAUUUAAAGUGCUUCCUGGAGAUCAUGAAUACCCGAAAUGCAGACAGAAGAGGACUUCUUAUGAGUGGUAUAUUCCAAAAGGAAUCCUUAAAACUGGCUGGAUGAACAAACAUUUAAACCUUGUUCCUGCUCUGGUGGUGGUCUUCUAUGAACUGGACUGGGAUGACGCUCAGUGGAAAGAGAAGCAAUCCGAAUGUGCCACCAGAGUAGAAAUUGUCAGGCAGAGUUUACAUGGAAGAAACACAAAGGUUGCUGUUGUGCUAAUACAGAAGAAGACUCCCUUACCUCCAGGUGAGGACUUGAUUGCUUCAGAGAGAGCUGCAGCAUUGUGCAAUGCCUGUGACUUGUCAGGAAAGUCGCUGUUUGUGCUACCACACACUGAUCAUCUCGUAGGCUAUAUUAUCAGGUUGGAGAAUGCUUUUUAUGAACAUGCACAAACGUAUUACUAUACAGAGAUUCGAAGGGUAAAAUCUCACAAAGAAUUCUUGAACAAAACAACUCACCAGCUAUUAUUUGUGAGACAUCAGUUCAAAACUGCUUUCUUCAGUGAAUUGAAACAAGAUACACAAAACGCAUUAAAAAAUUACAGAACGGCUUAUAACCUUGUACACGAACUGAGAGCCCAUGAGACCAACAUGCUUGAAAUCAAGACCAUGGCUGGAUUCAUCAACUAUAAGAUUUGUCGCUUAUGUUUCCAACAUAAUGCUCCAUUGGAUGCCAUUGCGCAGUUCCGUAAGCACGUGGAUUUGUGCAAAAAGAAGAUAGGAAGUGCAGACCUAGCAUUUGAGCACACAGCCUGGAUGUCAAAACAAUUUCAAGCAUUUGGAGAUUUGUUUGACGAAGCCAUUAAACUUGGUCUCACAGCAAUUCAGACCCAGAACCCUGGCUUCUAUUACCAACAGGCAGCAUACUAUGCACAAGAACGCAAACAACUGGCAAACCAACUCUGCAAUCAUGACUCUUCUACUGCCUAUCCCAGUCCUGACCCAUUGGAAACUCCUGCUGGAAUGUUGGAUUUUUUUGGCCAAAGACCUUGGAGGCAAAAUCAUCAAAGUAUUGAGCCACCAGAUCCAGAAAAGGAAAAGUUUGGUAUUCUAGCCCUUCAGCUCAAAGAAAGAGAUGUUGAUCAUUCUGAACUGAUAAUUACCCUCCUGAGUAAUGCAGUGGCUCAAUUCAAGAAGUACAAGUGUCCUCGAAUGAAGAGUCAUUUGAUGGUUCAAAUGGGUGAGGAGUAUUAUUAUGCUAAGGACUACAGUAAAGCAUUGAAGUUACUGGAUUACGUGAUGUGUGAUUACCGCAGUGAACGCUGGUGGAAGCUACUUACCUUUAUUCUGACUACAGCACUCAAAUGCGCUUACCUGAUGGGUCAAAUCAAAGAUUACAUCACCUACUCCCUGGAGCUACUUGGGAGGUCUUCCACACUGAAUGAUGAACAAAAAUCUCGCAUAGAAAGGAACUUGAUAAAAGUGUUGAUGAAUGAGAGCCCUGCGCCGGAACCUGAUUGUGACUCCAAGGCCAUAAAGACUGCACUUAAGGUGUGGGCAGAUCGUAUUUCUUUAGCUGGAAGUAAUGUGUUUACUAUUGAGAUGCAAGAUUAUGUACCUUUUGUUGAGUGUAAAGCCCGCUUCCUGGCUCCAAGUUUUCACGUUGAUGACCCUGUGCAACUCCAUGUAUACCUUCGAGCUGAUUGCCCUCAUCCAUUCAGAUUUUCAAAGCUCUGUGUCUGUUUUAAUAAUCAGGAGUAUAACCAACACUGUGUAUUAGAAGAGACCUAUCAAACGUCUGACAUCUUAGAAGCUUCAUCUCAAGGGACUAUGUGCUUAGUCCCUGGUAAAACCAGGCAGUAUGUGUUCAAAUUCGUUGCCAGGACUGAAGAUGUUGGAAAGAAAGUGGAGAUUACUUCUGUAGACCUGGUCCUUGGCAGUGAUAUUGGCAGAUGUGUGAUACUUAACUGGCGAGGUGGAGGAGGAGAUGCUGCAUCUUGCCAAGAGGCCUUGCAGGCCACUCGAUCCUUUAAACGGAGACCCAAGUUGCCUGACAAUGAAGUAUGCUGGGACAGUGUUACGAUACAGGCAAGCACCAUGGUGAUUUCUCGAGUUCCAAGAAUAUCAGUUCAGCUGCGACAUCAGCCCCCUGCCUUGACCAAUGAAAUGUAUUGCUUAGCAGUUACUGUACAAUCACAAGAAGUUACCACUGCAAGAGAUGUCAAGCUCACAGCAGGUUUAAAACCAGGUCAAGAUGCCAACCUUACUCAAACAACCCAUGUCACCCUUGAUGGUACUGAGAUGUGCGAUGAUUCUCAUCCUGCGCUGCUUCCUGAUAUCCCCAUUGGAGACUUGCACCCAGGAGAAAUGGUGGAAAAAGCACUGCACAUCCGAUGUGGACAAGUUGGUUCGAGAAUUUUUUUGGUUCACGUUUCUUAUGUUGUUACUACCAAUGUUGAAGGCAAAGAAAUUGUUUGCAAAUGCCAUAAGGAUGAGACCAUCACCAUUGAAACAGUUGUGCCAUUUGAUGUUACUGCGAAGUUUGUUUCCACAAAAUUUGAACACAUGGAUCGGGUGUUUGCAGAUAUUCCAUUUCUUUUAAUGAUGGACAUUUUGAGUGCCUCUCCGUGGUCACUCACCAUAGUAACCAGCAAACUGGAACUUGUGCAUUCCAUGACUGCUGUUGAUCAGAUGGAGUCACAGCUAGCUCAAGUGGUUUUACAGACAGGAGAAUGUGCCAGUGAGUGCUUCUGCUUGCAGUGUCCGCCAGCACCUACUAACCACAGUGGAGUUGCCUCGGGUCGUUAUAUAAUCUCCUGGAAAAGGACGUCUGCUGCAAAAAGCAUACCUGUUGUCAACACGGUGAUAACGUUGCCCCAUGUGAUUGUGGAGGAAAUUCCGCUGUUUGUUCAUGCAGAGCUUCCAUCGUUUGGUAGAGUUCGUGAAUCACUACCUGUCAAAUAUUGGUUGCAAAAUAGAACCAAGUUGGUGCAGGAUGUGGAGAUUUGUGUGGAACCCAAUGAUGCAUUUAUGUUUUCUGGUCUUAAGCAGGUUCGAUUGCGAAUUCUGCCCGACACGGAGCAAGAGUUAUUAUACAACUUCUAUCCACUCAUGGCUGGUUACCAACAACUGCCAGGUCUUAACAUAAGCUUAUCACGGUUUCCUGCUGUCUCCAACCAGCUAUUGCGCAGAUUUCUUCCCACACACAUUUUUGUAAAGCCACAGGGUCGGCAAGCAAAUGAAGUAAUUGUUGUAGCUGCUUGAUGGAGAAGCUGUCCUGUGAAACAAAAAUCAAGUGGUCGUAAUUCGAAAACAAAUGGAUACUUAUUCACGGAUGUAUAAAAUCAGCUGGCUAUUUGGACUGGAGCUGCAGAAUUUACAACAAUCAUAUUUUUUCAACAGCUGGACAUACAUGUUUUCUUGCAAGUCUCCAGGGAGUCUCAAAAGCUUAACAUUUUUAGAUGUUUAAAUUAGUGUUUUGUAAACAAAAAUAGAUCAAUAAUGCACUAAGAAUUAUUUGCAAAAUUGUUACAUGAUUUCAUUAUGAACUUUGUUAAUGUUCAAAGUGACAUGAUGUUUGUGUUUAGAAUAUAUGCUAUUGUAAAUUUUCCAUUUGUAAUAUGCAGCCUUUAUGGUGUUUGAGAGAAGCUGCUGGAAAAUAUUUCAAUAAAUCAUCUACAAGUGCAAUU